GAUGAACGGGACGGUGACCCAGUUCACCCUGCAGAUCAAACCGGAGGACGCCUGCAUAUGACCGAGGGAUGUAAUCAGUGAAUGUCUGAUAAUGAAACCACAACUCGUGUUUAAAGCUUUCCCACAUGUAGCUGUGUUUCCUCUCCGGGUGUAAAACAGAAGACAGAGACCGGCUGUGUUUGUGUGAGUGUGUUAGAGAGAGAGAGAGAGAGAGAGGAAGGAAGAGGGAGGGAUUGAAAGAGGAAAGUGGACCGGAGCUGGAGUUUUGGUGUUCUCAGCAUCUGGAUAUCUGGCUGGACACGCAGCGAGAGAAGAAGAAGAAUUCGGAUGUGCGGGAACUUACCUGAAAACAGAGGGGAAAGACCGAAGAAGCACCGCAGAAGAGGAGUGGAGGAAAAAAGGGGGAAAGUUGUUUUUGUAACGGGACAGGAGGACUGACCAGCAGAAAUGUUGCCGGUCAUCCUGACAGUUUACCUCAGUGACACCCAGCAGAUGCUGACUGAGGUCCCAGUUACUCCGGCAACCAGAGUGAUUGACGUGGUCGAAUACUGCAAAGAAGCUGGCGAGGGGGAGUGUCACCUGGCUGAAGUAUGGAGUGGACAUGAGCGAGUUCUCCCUCCAGAGUUGUUAUUGUUGGAUCUCCUCCAGCAGUGGGGAGCCAGGAGGCCGGAGGUCAGCUUUUACCUCAGACACUGCCCCUCCUGGACACAAGGAAGUCAGCGGCCUUUGGAGCCGAGCUGGACCACAGAAGCAACAGAGAGUGCUAAUGACACGGUUCCUCGUGUGGAACUGACCCUGUCUGAGCUACAGGAAAUGGCCACAAGACAACAGCAACAAAUAGAGGCUCAGCAACAGAUGUUGGUCGCCAAGGAGCAGAGACUGAGAUAUCUUCACCAGGGAGGCAGAUCUAAUCAGGGACAGACACAGUCUGAAGCUGAGAAGCUGCAGCGGCUGAAGGAGCGAGUGGAGACUCAGGAAGCCAAGCUGAAGAAGAUCAGGGCCAUGAGAGGACAAGUGGACUACAGUAAACUGAUCAAUGGAAACCUCUCUGCUGAGAUCGACCAUGUUAGCAGCCUGUUUCAGGAGAAGCAGGCAGAGCUGCAGUCUGCUGUGAUCAGAGUCGACCAGUUGACCCAGCAGCUGGAGGAUUUGAGGAGAGGACGCCUUCAGCUACACUCUGUUGCACCAGCUCAGGGGGCACCCACCGGGUCCCAGGGUGCACCCACUGGCCAUAAAGGAUCACCACUGUCUAGUCCCGCAGCCCUGGAGCUGAGGAAACUCUACCAGGAGCUGCAGGCUCGCAACCGUCAUAACCUGGAGCAGAGCAGCAAGUUGGCCCAGAACAAGGAGCUGCUGAACAAGAGGAACGCCCAGGUUACGGUGAUGGAUCAGCGCAUCGGAGACCUGAGAGAACGACUCCAUAAGAAGAGAGCAGAAUUGAGUCGUAUGAAUGGAGGAGGCCUGUCUUCCCCCCAGACCUCUUCCCAUCAAGGCGCUGGAGUUUCAGGUCGAGUGGCAGCUGUCUGUCCCUACAUCCAGGUUCCAGCAGAGGGGAGACAGGAGGCGGGGUACCCCCUGCCAGCUGACCCACCACCCAAACCCACCCCGCUCAGCCACAUCCGCUCCCUCUCAGAAGAGGACAGGAGUGGCGUCAGGAAGCCUCCCAGCCAAUGGAAAGUGUCAGAUUUAGACAUCGUCCUGUCAGAGCCCACUGAGACGUGGGAGGGACCUCAGUCCCUUCAGGGGGGCAACAGUAACAAGACUAAUGAAGCACCAUGGCCGAGCAUCACUAAGAGUGUGUCGGACUGGAAGACCAACAGCCCAGAACAGCAUCCCUCUGGUUAUGGUACCUACCCCAGCGCCACCCACCAGGCAGCAGGGCAUCACUGUGCCACCAGUUCCCUGCCUCGUUCCGCCCCUGGUACACUGGGCUGGCCUCGAUCCACUGCUGCAAAUGCCACGUCAUCCUCGUCAUCUUCCUCUUCGCAGCAGAUACAACAACGGAUCUCUGUCCCUCCAAAUUCAAGUCAAGGCCCUGCUUCCACCCCCCAGCCAUCUCCCUUGUCCCCACAAUCAGAGCGAACUGACCCCCCACCAGCUGUGGCCGUUCGACCCUAUGUCCCAGAACACCCCUCCAGGCCCCAGUCCCCCAGGAAGGGCCCCGCCACCAUGAACAGCAGCUCCAUUUACAGCAUGUACCUCCAGCACCCUCAGGCCAAAAACUAUGGAUCUCUCAGCAACAGGACUACUGUCAAAGCAGUCUAUGGGAAACCCAUCCUCCCCACCUCCUCCACCUCUCCGUCCCCGGUCCCUUUUCUCCAGGGAGGAGGAGGAGUUAGGGCUGGAGAAGAGGAUGCUACAGAUAAAGAAGGAGGGAAAGGGGGAGGCGAGAGCGGUGAUGGGCAAAUCCUCCCUCCACCCAGCGUGGACAACAUCCCUCGUCCCCUCAGUCCCACUAAGCUCACCCCAGUUGCCCACUCCCAGCUACGGUACCAGAGUGAUGCUGACCUGGAGGUUCUUCGCCGACGCCUCAGCAAUGCUCCACGGCCGCUGAAGAAACGGAGCUCAAUCACUGAGCCUGAGGGUCCACAGGGGCCGAACAUCCAAAAACUACUAUACCAGAGGUUCAACACACUGGCAGGAGGCAUGGAAGGAGGCUCGGGCAAUACUUUCUACCAGCCUGACUGCAUUUUGGGUGACAUGGACAACAUCCAUUCAGCAAAUGGGAACAUAGAAUCUGGUGACAAGCAUGUCAGUAUGGCAGCCAUGGAGGUUGAAGUUCAAAACGUGAACUCGGGCUCCCGGCGCUUGUCCCCUCCUUCUGUUGAGACAUCCAAAGAGACUUUGGCAAAAGCAGAAACUAUCAAUAACACAUCUCCAUCAACCCAACCCAGCCCAUCCCCUGCACCUGAUAGGCCAGAGGACCAGAACAAUAACAACCAGCGAGGAUCUAGUCCCGCACAGAACUCUGUAGGCCCUGUUUCCCCCUCUCCAUCACCUCCCGCCCCACCUACACUGCCUAAGGUGAAGCGAACCAACCUGAAGAAGCCGUUGUCAGAACGAACAGGCCACGGCCUGAGAGUCAAGUUUAACCCUCUAGCUCUGCUGCUGGAUGCAUCGUUAGAGGGAGAGUUUGAUCUGGUGCAGAGGAUUAUAUAUGAGGUGGAGAACCCCAGUAUGCCUAAUGAUGAAGGCAUAACUCCUCUUCAUAAUGCUGUCUGCGCUGGCCAUCACCAUAUUGUUAAGUUUCUGCUGGACUUUGGAGUUAAUGUGAACGCAGCCGACAGUGAUGGAUGGACUCCUCUGCACUGUGCCGCUUCAUGCAACAGCGUCCACCUCUGUAAGAUGCUGGUGGAGUCGGGAGCCGCCAUUUUCGCCACAACAAUAAGCGACGUUGAAACAGCUGCAGACAAAUGUGAAGAAAUGGAGGAGGGCUACACACAGUGUUCUCAGUUCCUCUAUGGUGUACAAGAGAAGCUGGGUGUGAUGAACAAAGGCUUGGUCUACGCUCUCUGGGACUACACGGCUCAGCAGGCUGACGAGCUGUCCUUCAGCGAGGGUGACGCCCUCACUGUGCUGCGUCGGCGUGACGACACCGAGACCGAGUGGUGGUGGGCACGACUGAACGACCGCGAGGGAUACGUACCCAGAAACCUGCUGGGGCUGUAUCCAAGGAUCAAACCCAGACAGCGCUCACUGGCAUGAAGCCUGGAUCGGGAGCCACGUGCACACUCUCAGAGGGCACAUGCACACAGAGAAGAAGAGGAGCAGCAGCAUGUGCGCAGGAGCAUUAGCCAAGAAAGAAAGAAAGAACAAAGGAUGGAGGUAGUGGGGAGGCUGAGUGAAGGAAGGACAAUGGAAACAAAGAUGGAGCUCACAACUCUGAUGAAGCAACUUUUGUUUUGGAUGUAAUGCAGGAUUCACAGAGGCAGAAUCACAAUAUGUUUUCACUGAGUUGCCUCAGUUAAAAGAAACUGCCUGAAUCUUAUUUUGAAUAACAGUAGCUUGGCAACUUCAUGUGUUCCACUGCAUGAAAGAAGCUGAACAGGAAAAAAAAAAAAUCAUUUGGAUGCAGCUCGCAGUUUUUCCAGCUCAGAACAUGAAAGAAUGAGCUUUGAAUUAUAAAGCUCUAUCUGAUAUUUACCCAAACAAAACUGAACUUUGAAUGCCACUUUAUUUUUGUAUGGUGUUAAUAAGUGUCAAAAGUGUCAAAAGAUGUUACCGUAAUUAAAAAAAAAAUAAAACAGGUGGAAUUUCAUAAAGCCAAGUUCAUCUAUGGCAAAAUGAUAUGCUUUUUCUCAAUGGCAGCAAAGUUAUCUGAAAACACCUUCACACUGUGUGAUGUGAAGAGUUGAAUGCAGUACAUUUAGAGGCUAUAUCAGGUGAAAGUAUGUAUGAAAUGUGAAGUUGGAGAGCGGAAUGUGAGAAGAAAGAGCAGCGAGUGUAACUCUUGAGUGUGUCUUACAGGAAGUCAGGUUUUGUCACGUUGUUGACGGAGCAUCUAUCAGCGGUGUUGGUCAGGAAUAACGUUGGAAGUGCAACCACAGGACUAAGAGGCAGAAUCCAUCAAGCUUUUGAUGCGUGGCUGAGGUCCACAUCAACCCGCACGAGAAACAGAUGUUGACGUUAGAAUUUUACGGCAUGUUGAAAACAAAGAACAGUUUGAACUGAUAUCAGAGGAAUGUUUCCAAUCUGAUUUCAUAAAAUGAAAUAAGAAGCAUCUGUGAAUCAUUAGGGUUGUUUCAGCCUUUUACUAUUCUGUAUUUGCAUUGACUCAGCACUGGUGCAUGCUGUCAUAUUAACAUCUGUUCAGCUGCCUAAUGGUUGCUGCCGGUAAAA